AUGGAGGACGAGGACGUGGCGAUCUGCUUGUUGCGCAGCCUCUCCGAGAGCUACAAAAACGUAAGUCUCAACUUAGAGAUGAUCAGCGCGGAACUGCGGACGCAUGACUAUGUGAAAAUGCUCACGAGUAAGCACAUCAAGAAAAAAGGCGAGAAGACAACGUCGGCUAAUGCUGAAGAAGCAAGCAAGGCCUUCAAUACCGAGCGUGAGUCUCGCUGGUGUACCUUCUGCGGAAAAUCGGUGAAUACGGUGGACCGGUGCUGA